AUGCCGCCUCGAUCCUCCUUGACUUCUUCAUUCUCCAUCGCCGAUGCCAACAAUGAGGUGGUUUGCCCAUUGCGCAACCAGGAUGGCUCGAGUUGUCGGAAGCGGUGCAUCGGCGAGAAACGAUAUCGUUCGAUGCAGGAGCAUAUUCGACGAGCGCACCCCGAACAUUAUAUAUCAAAGCUCCCAGCUACGGAAGAGAGCUUCUUGCUCAUGAUCAAUACCCCGCCCUCGGAUAGACCACAGGCUCCAAAUUCCACCGGCCCACCUCAAUCAAGUGUCGACCCAGCCAAAGCUUAUCAACACGACCGCCAUGCAUUCUUCCGCGAUGAGUCAAGUGCUCCCGUAACGCCGAGGCAUCUUGAUGAACGUGUGGGCGGUUCGCAGCUACCGGCCGCAAGUGCUGCCGCAGCGCUGGCUCAAUUAGGUGGCCAACAUAAGUUUGAGAAUGAAUGGGACUCGGAAACUGUACGUCUCUCUUCCUCCCAAGCCGUACCUGUAGCUCACCUGACGGGACUCCCAAAGGGAUGGCAUUCUGAUACAGAGGGGAGGAGGAUCCCUCGCAGCACAAUUGAGCUGCCUCCCAUACAGUAUGGUGCUGAGCCAACCAGCGAGCCGUUCCCUCCAAUCAAUGCAGGGCCAGGGCGGCGAGAGUUACUCCCCUCUAUUCUCUCCAACUCGCCACCGGGGCGGUCCUCAACCCUGCCCCCUUUGCAACGGACUCUGGGUGCUCACCGUCCGAGGAAACAGUCUGUUACUAAGCGUGGCCACAAGAAACAAAAGUCUCGAGGCACCGCUGCCGAUUGGCUUCGCCGGAUUCAGAACGACGACCUUCUUUCUCCUGGAGGGGCCGAUCGUAAAGCGCAUUCAGUCGAACCCUCAGCGGACUACGGCAAGCGGUGGGAAGACUUGAUUGAUGCAGCAGCUUCGGCUACUGAAGACAUUGACGAGGACAGAACUCCAGUAAGCCUCGAAAAACGAUCUUACUCUUCUUGUCUGACAUAUCAGGUGCCUCAAUCUCCUCCCAUCUCAAUUCAUAGAGCUUCUCUACCACCGUUUCCUCAUCAACAUUUUCAGGGUUACCAGGCAUCUCCCCUGCAGCAAGCUCUAACUCCGCCGCCGUUUGCACAAGAAAUUCCCGAGCCUUUCCCGUCGGUGGAAAGUGGCGGGAGUGGAGAAGCCUUUCACAUGGGAACUGUCGGGCUAUCGGAUUCUUCGCCAAGUUAUUCGUCUCAAGAUGUUCACAUUUACUGUGCGGCGUGUCAACGGACAUCGAAAUUGAGGGAGUCAUAUGCUUGUACCGAAUGCAUAUGUGGACUAUGCCGAGAUUGCGUGAAUAUAUUGAUGGAAGAACAAGGGACUCGGAGGAAAUGUCCUCGCUGUGCUACAAUCGGCGGGCGAUACAAGCCCUUUCAAUUAGACAUCCGAUGA